AUGGUAAUAGGGCAGGGGGACACACGCGCCCCCCUCCUGGUGUCCGCCCCCUCCUCCUCCUCGCCCUCAGCAGAGGAGGAGUGUGUGUCAUUGAGCAUCUCAGUUGACUCAGUGAGCGCGUGCACACUAGUACGGACACUUGGAGAGCCACCUCUCUCUCUCACUCCGCUCCUGCGUUCAACCACUGGCUCAGAGCAAACCCGAGCUCCACAGCGGCAGCAGCAGCAGCAGCAGCAGCAGCAGCAGCAGCAGCAGAGCGCUCAGAGCGGGACAGGGCAGUGGAGAGAGCAGCCUGAGAGGGACAGCACAGAGCAGGACGAGCAGGAGGCAGGAGCGCGCCGUCUGCAGCUGGGACGCACACACUUCAUGUCCGAGGAGGCAGAGCUGGUGGUGAGAGGCAGAGAGAGCAGUGACACGGUCCCAGAACAGCCCACUGAAGAGCCCCAGUCGCCCAGGCCACGUCCAGCGCCUGAAGACCACCGGCGCACCUGCAGGAGAAGCAGCGUCAGUGCUGGGGGUCCGGGGGUCGUUAGCGUCGGUAGCAUCAGGACGAGCAGUGACGGGGCAGGCGAACGCUCCAUGCAGUUCAGCACCAGACCGCCUAGUGCUGAGCCCGGCUUCAUGGGGACAUGGCAGCAGCAGGGCACUGACAGCAACCUCCUGUACAGGAUGUCCCAGCAGGCUGCUGUAGCGCGUCUGCCUUUGAAGUGCGACACUUCCACUCAGGCCCGCGACAUGGACGAGCCGGCUCCGUGUCAGCUGCUUCCUGCCUGUCCUGAGGAGAUGGCCCGCACCGCUCACACCCCCAUUGUGUAG